AUGGGACCCUCUUGCAAGAGCGCCACCAUCGCCGCCGGUGGCCUUCUUCUUCUCUGGGUUAGCUUUUUGGCCGAGCCUGUCCGUGGGGGCCUGGUGCCGGCGCUGUACGUGCUCGGCGACUCGCAGGCGGACGUCGGCAACAACAACCACCUUGCGCUGUCGCCGCUCAGGGCCAACUUCCCGCGCAACGGCAUCGACUACCCGGAGCAACAGGCCACCGGGAGGUUCAGCAACGGCCGCAACUUCGUCGAUUUCCUUGCUGGCAAACUCGGGUUGACCAGCCCUCCUCCAUACCACUCCAUCAGCAACACCACUCCAGGACGUUACUCCACGUUCCUGACGGGCGUCAACUUCGCUUCCGGAGGUGCAGGAGUAUUGGGCCUCACGAACAAGGGUCAGUGUUUCAGCUUCGACCACCAAAUCGAGCGCGACUACCUCAAUGUGUACUCAGGGUUGGUGCAGCAGCUCGGCAAGCCUCAGGCAAUGGCCCAUCUCGCCAAAUCGAUAUUCACCGUGGCCAUCGGCGGCAACGACAUCAUCUUCCGCGCCCUUCCCCCCACCGUCACCGUCGAGCUGCUAGCAGUGGAACUGCAAGUACUCUCUCCUCAGCGGUUCAUCGAGCUGCUGGCGCAGAACCUGGAACGCCAGCUACAGAGGCUGUACGAGCUCGGGAUGCGCAGGCUAUUCUUCGUCGGCGCGGCGCCGAUCGGGUGCUUGCCAUUGAUGCGGGAGCUGAACCUCCUCACCCAGGAAUGCCACCCAGGAGCAAACGACUUGUCCGUUCGGUACAACGCCGAAGUGGCCUCCCUCCUCCGGAGCAUGAGCGCGCGGCACCCGGAUUUCCGGUACUCCUUCUUCGACGGGUACACCGCGCUGAUGCAGUACAUCGACAAACCGCAAGCAAACGGCUAUGCUGAAGUGAAGGCAGCGUGCUGCGGUCUUGGGGACAACAAAGCUAUGUAUCGCUGCGGCCGCGUGAGCUGCGUGUGCCCGAACAGGACGGACCAUAUCUUCUGGGACCUCGUCCACCCGACGGAGACCACCUCGGGGAAUCUCACGAGCGUCGCCUUCGCCGGAUCCGCGCCGUUUGUUUCGCCGGUGAACGUGAGCCAGCUCUGUGACUAGAUUGUUGUGCAGGGCCAAAAGUUAUGGCAUUACGUUGUAACGGACACGCGACCAUA